AUGAACAUCGACGGAAAAGUUGAACAAAAUCCACAACCAACUCCUUUAAUAUGCCACGUAGAAGGCGAUAUUUUCUAUGUCCCUUGCAUAUUAAGCUCGAAUUCUUGUGAGUUCAAGCCCUUGCUCCAGCCUAUCACUCCACCAGAAUCAAGGACAGAUGCUUCCAAAUCAAGCGGAUGGAGUAUCAAUGAAGACAUUGUUCUCUAUCGAAUUGUCGAAGCGCGCGGUUUAAAAGCCUGAAGUGCUAUCGCAAAAGAAUUAAAUGCAGUGAUGCAUCAAAAAAAUGAAGUGCGAAAUGGUCGCCAAUGCAGAGAAAGGUGGUACAAUCACGUAGACCCCAGCCUGAAAAAAGGUGAAUGAACACCUGAAGAAGAUAUGUAUAUUCUGGAACAGCAGCAGCUAAUCGGGAACAAAUGGAGCGAAAUUGCUAGAGGCUUAACAGGGAGAACAGAAAAUAGUGUUAAAAAUAGAUGGAAAAGCAUGGUAAAAAAGACUGAAAAAAUAUGUCCGCCAGGAGUUGAUGUAAUUGAUAUGUUACUAGCUCAAAAGCAAGGAAAAGAAAUGGAGAAUUCUGAAGAUGAGACAAUGCAAAGUGCAUCAUCAAUGAUAAAUAGCAUGUCGAUCAAUAACACUCCGAUUAUUUCACAAAUGCAGUUUAGUCCUCAAGUUGGAUGAACUCCUCAAUUAAAUAUGCGUCUAGGCCUGGCCAUAGACUCCGCCAUGGAUCUUCAAACACAUAUUUUAAUUAUAUCGGCAAGGUUUGCCAGCCCAGAAAAGGACAGCUAUGCUAGUUAACUAACCCUAUUACGUUUAGGGCCUAGCCUUAGUCUGCUUUCGGGGAGCUGGAUUUUACCUCGAGGGAAGAGAAACUUGAGUUGGAAAGGGAAGCCCAGCAAAGUCUUCUAGGCCUAUCAGGCAACUCUCUAGCUUGAAACUAGAAGUUAUGCCCUGAGAUGCAAGCUUUCUUUUUGCCGACAAUUCCAUUUUUUAGAAUUAAUAGUGCAGGCAUCCCUCAUCUAGCAUACAGCGUGCCGACGCAGCCCACUUAACCUUCCGUUUGGCAUGAGGCUCAGGCAGAAAGGGAGCUAACUCAUGAUGGGGAGGCAGCAGGCCCUAAGAAUCAAAGUGAAGAAACCAGAUGCUACAAGUAGCUAUUCGGUAAUCUAACUUAAUAUUAAUGCUAAUGGGAUGAAGUCCUCAGGUAGGAUUUAGUCCUAAUAUCGAUUUUGGAAAUCCCGGAAUGAGCCCUGAUAUGGAAUCAAAUAUGAAAAAUAUUUUUAUUAGGGAACUUCCUGUAGGCUAUAGAGAAGGUGCAGAAAUGUGGAAGCAACUGUAUUUUAAGAACAACCAAGAAAACAUAAGCGGAACCCCAUCUCCUUCGAUAUUCUUAUCUAUGUAG